AGGAGGAGGAGGAAGGGGCGCGGGAGGGGGGGGCCGGCGGUGCCGCGGGGGGGGCCAUGGCGGUGCCGCCGCCGCCGCCGCCGGGCCCCGAGCAGGCCCCGCGGUACCAGGAGUGGAUCCUGGACACCAUCGACUCGCUGCGUUCGCGCAAGGCGCGGCCGGACCUGGAGCGCAUCUGCCGCAUGGUGCGGCGGCGGCACGGCCCCGAGCCCGAGCGCACCCGCGCCGAGCUGGAGAAGCUGAUCCAGCAGCGCGCCGUGCUCCGCGUGUCCUACAAGGGCAGCAUCUCGUACCGCAACGCCGCCCGCGUGCAGCCGCCGCGCCGCCCGCCGCCGCCCGCCCGCCGCCCGCCGCCCGUCAGCCUCCGCGACACCGCGCGGCUGCUCGGCGGCGACGGCCGCCUCACCCGCGGCCGCCUCCAGGGCUCGGCCGCGCCCGGCGGCGGCGGGGGGGCGGCCGGCGCGGCCCCCGGGGCGGGCGGCGGCGGCGGAGCGGGCGGCGGGGCCCGGCCCGAGCGCACCCGGCUGGGCGCCAUCGCCACGGCCCGCGGGGAGCGCGGGAGAGCGGCCGCGGGGAGGGCGCGGAAGCCCCCCUGCAGCAGCAGCGAGGCCUCGGCACGGGAGGAGGAAGAGGAGGAGGAGGAUGAGGACGAGGAAGACGAGGACGGGACGGGCUCGGAGGCCUCAGAGGACGCGGGGCCACCCCGGCAGCUGAACGGGGAGGGCCGAGGGGGGCCCCCCCUGCGCCCCCCGGGACAGCCGCCCCCCGAGCGGCCCCCCCAGCCCAAGGCCUGCGCCCCGGGGGAGGGGGGCUGCCAGCACAUGGCCCCCCUCAAAAAGGAGGGGGCCUUCGGGCAGCCCGACAGAGCAGUGUCCCCGGCGCUGGCAGGGGCUGAGCCCUCGGUGCCGCUGUCCCCGGGCCGGCCGGGCCCCCAGGCUGCCGAGGGGGCCCCGUUCAGCUGCACGGCCGGCCGCAAGGACAAGGCCGUGGACCCGGUGGAGUGGUCAGUGCGGGACGUGGUCGAGUACUUCACCGAGGCCGGCUUCCCCGAGCAGGCCGGGGCCUUCCAGGAGCAGGAGAUCGACGGCAAGUCGCUGCUGCUGAUGCAGAGGGCCGACGUGCUCACGGGGCUCUCCAUCCGCCUGGGCCCCGCGCUCAAGAUCUACGAGUACCACGUGAAGCUGCUGCAGCGCAGCCACUUCCAGGACGAGGAGCCGCCCCCGGAGCCCUUCCCGGCCUGAGGGACCCCCCCGGACCCGCGGGGGCCCCCCCAGACCCGCCGGGACACCCCCAGAGCCCCGGGGACGCCCCGGUGUCCGAGAGGGCUCCUCCCUCCCCCCGCUGCUGCACACAGAGACUUUGGGGGGUGGUGGGGGAGUCCCACCCCUUUCUGGGGGGUCCCACCCCUUUUUGGGGAGUCCCACCCCUUUCUGGGGGGUCCCACCCCAUUCUGGGGGGUCCCACCCCUUUCUGGGGGGGUCCCACCCCUCUUUGAGGGGGUUGCAUCCCUAUUUAGGGGGGGGUCUUGCCUCUCUUUAGGGUCUCACCUAAUCCGGGGGGGUCUUGCUCUCGUUUGAGGGGUCCCACCCAGCUUUGAGGGGGCCCCGUCUCUCUUUGGGGGUGCCACCCCUCUUUGUGGGGUCUCUCUUUCGGGGUGGCGCUGCUCCAGGGGAACACCCCCUCUUUUGGGGACAUCUCACCCUUGAUCUGGGGGGGCUUCUCUUUGGGGGUGUCAUUUCUCCUUUGGGGGGGGGUGCCACCCCUCUUUUGGGGGGGCUUCUCCUCAGGGACCUCUCUUUUAGCGGGGUCGCUUCUCUUUAGAGGCGUCGCCCCUCUUUUGGGGGGAUCCCACACUCUGAAGGGGUCACCCCUCCUUUUGGGGGUCGCUCUUCUCUUUCGGGGGGAUCACCCCUCUCUUUUGGGGGGUCACCCCUCUCUUUUGGGGGUCUCCUCUCUCUGGGGCACACCGGGGGUGGGGACACCCCGCUCCUUGUGGGGGUCACCUCUCUUUUGGGGGGGCCCCUCUGGGGGCGGGGUCAUCCCUCCUUGAGGGAGCCCCCUUUUUAGGGGAUCCCCCUUUUCUUGGGGGGGAUUUUUACCGCGGGGGGAGGGGGUUGGGGGGCUCUGCCCGGAGAUGUUUUAACCUUCCCCAGCCCGUGCUCCCCCCCAAAUUGGGGUGCGGCCCCCCCACCCCUUGGCCACGAUGGGGGGGAGCCCCCAAACCCCCCCGCAGUCUGUGCCCCCCCCUUCCCCGGGCCUGGCUCGUUUUGGGUUUUUUUUAAUAAACGGAAAAAUGAAAUCAAAUCAACACAAAAUCUCGGGGUUUGGGGCUUUUGGGGGGGGACACCCGCCUUAAAGCCCCCCCAAAAGGGAUUGGGGGGAAUGGGGGGGGGCCAAGGGAGGCAUUUGGGGGUCUCGGGGACCCCCAGAGGAGGGAGGGUGCUGCGCAUGCGCUGGUCCUCCCGCCCGGCAGGGGGCGCCGUUCGUUCCCGCAGGAAGGCGCGCCCUCUGCGCCUGUGCUGUACAGCGCCCUCCUCUGCGCAUGCGCCCUGCACAGCUGGGGCCGCUACGCCCCCUACGGCGGCCGGCAGGCCCCAAAAGCCGCGCUCUACAAACAAGCCUCAAAAACAGCCUCAGCUCCCCUAAGCUGCCCCAAACAUCCCCAAAACAGCCUCAGUUCCCCUAAAAUGGCCUCAAAAAACCCCAAACAGCCCCAGAACAGCCUUAUGCUUCGCUAAAGGAGCAGUAACUGCCCCCAAACCAGCCUAAACUGCCCCAAAACAGCCUCAGACUCCCCCAAAGCCACAAAUGCCCAAGGCUCCCAAUGUGCUUCCAGCCGCUCUGAAACAUCCUCGGCCUCCCCAAGGCCCUUCCGACCCCUGACCAGGCCGCUGUCGCCCCCACACGGCCGUAAGCCCACACAAACGUUUGUAUAGGAUCGCCCCCGCUCCGUGUCCCCCGUACGGCGGCCGGACAGGCCCAAACGCAGCUGUGUUCCCUCCCUCCCGCCCUAUGGCGGCCGGCGGGGCCAAAUAAGCUCCGCGUCUCCCUUCCUUACGGCAGCCG